AUCAACUGGUUUUCCUUGUUAAUGAUCCUGAAUUUGCAUUGUUACUACUCAAGGUUUUGAAUUUGUUCAUCAUAAAAUCCUGUUUUUGAAGAACAAUCUCAUUAAUUUUUCAAUCAAAUUGAUUAAAUUUAGACAAACCCAGAAAAAUUAUAACUUGGAUUCACUUUCUCUUCCAUGGUGGUUCUGAUCUUUCACUAGGUAGAAGGAAGGAAGCAAUGUCGGGCGCAACUGUAUCAGUGGCUCCUAGAACAGAGCCAGCAGACACAUCCACUUCAGAUCACACAAAGCCCCAACCAGAAUUGGUUGGUGGUUCCGUGAUGGGUUCAUUGCGAGUAAUCGAACUCCAACUCGUAGCCUUCAUUAUGGUAUUCUCCGUGAGCGGCCUCGUCCCGAUCCUCGACUUGGCGUUCCCAAUUUUCACAACCGCAUAUCUCUUGGCCUUAUCGCGCUUCGCCUUCCCGAGCCACGGUAGAGACGCAUCAGGAUCGCCAGAGAUCUUCCAAGGAAGCAAGUUGUUUAGGCUGUAUGUUGUUGUAGGAACAACAGUGGGGUUGUUCUUGCCUCUGGCUUAUGUAUUGGGUGGAUUUGCGAGGGGCGAUGAACAAGCUGUCCGGUCUGCAACACCUCACUUGUUCUUGCUUUCGUGCCAGAUUCUAACAGAGAAUGUUAUAAGUGGGUUGUCGUUGUUUUCCCCUCCGGUCAGGGCACUUGUUCCUCUGCUUUAUACUGUUAGGAGGAUCUUUGUCAUCAUUGAUUGGAUCAAAGAUGUUUGGCUCAACAAAAGCCUUCCUGCCAACGCAGAAAUUAAGGACGUUGUGUGGUAUUGGUUCGGGAGGAGUCUAGCAAUAGCCAAUUUGGUGUACUUUUCAAUAAACUUAUUUGGGUUCUUGAUUCUGCGAUUCCUUCCACGAGCUUUUGAAAUAUAUUUCAAAGAGAGGGAUGAGAUGCACUCGAAGAUGGUGGAAGAUAAGCGUUCUACUGCAACGGUUGUGAAUGACAAAUCUCAAUCCACAGAUAAGAAAUUUGAUUGAAUGUUUACUUCUUUUUUUUUUGAACAUUGGUUAAACCUUAAACGAUGAAUGGUAAUUUUAAGAAUUUUGAAGUUGAUAUGUCUACAACCAACUAUUCUGUUUUGUUUUCUUUGGUAAUGCUAGAUGGCUAUGAUUUCGAAAAUGAUAAAAAAUUCAGCAUUCCAAUAAUUGAUAUCUCAG